CAUCCCUUUUCAGCUCACCGUGCUACUUGCUGCUUGGAUCACAGGAAUAUUCUAAAGAAAAAUGCAUGAGGAUUCAGUGGCGUCUUCCCUAGCAAUUCCAUCAGCUGUUAGUAAUGAUGGCACCGUGACUGAGGAAGAUUUGUCUGAAACCACUGCCGAUGCCACUCAGACGCUGAUCUUGCCUCACUGGUUUAAACAAUCCAAGUCCCGAAAGGCGUAUCUAAGGUCUUUCCAUGCACAUGGAUUAAGGCCACCCCAAUGCCCCCGGCGUAUUAUCAUUGCCCCACCUAUGCCAAGACCACCAUAUCCAUGUUUAAAAUUAGCUCAGCCCUCAGUGGUCUGUCAAAAGGAGGAAGCAACACCCAAACAGGAAGCUGAAGUCAGUCCGGGGGCUCCUGAAGACGAGUCGGAUACAGAAGAAAAAAUCCAAAAAUUUGAUGCUUGGAUAUUAGAAAGAAGAAGGCUGAACGCUGAGGUGGAGGGCUCUGAGGACUUUGAAGAACGACUCAAGUACAAGGUUCCCCUCAAUAAGCAAGAAAAAGAAAAAUGGGAAAAAAUCAAGGCGUCCAGACCAGUGAGUAAGGCUGAAAGCCAGCCAGCAGAGCCCGACGACCUCAAGUCCCCACCACCCAAGAGACGCCAGUCCUGUCGGAAAGGCGUUGUCCCUGUGAUCAAUGUUCCCUACCCUCAUGCCCUCGUACUGCUGCUCUACCUUCUGCGCAAAAAGAAGCUCAGGAUGGUAGACUUAUUCAAAAAGUCAAAGAUGACAAGUAAGAAUAUCACAAGAGAAGAAUUCUUUAAAGUUAUACAGGCGACUGGUGUCCCUAUCACUGAUAAGGAGCUGGAAGAUGCAUUCAUCUAUCUUACUACAUCAGCACCAAAGCCCAGGAAUUUUGUAUGCAGUGAAGAUAUUGUCAAGUGUCAAAGGAUGUGGAUGCCAGCCUUGCAAAAUUAUAUCAGGGACAGGCAUGAAGAACGUCUCCUCAAUUUUAUUGAGAAAGCUACUGCCUAUACUGUUGAAGUGACCUCUGCCGCAGAGCUGAGCAAGUUAACACUAUUAGAAGUUCCUCCUGUCAACACUGAAGAGUGCAGGCCUAUGACAGAUGAAGAUAUCGAGGAGGUUGGCAAGCACUAUCGAGAGUGGAGGCGAUUGAAGAAGGUGUGGAAGACAGUGAAUCCACUUGAAUGGGCAGAACAGUGUCGGCUGGUGAGAUGUGGAGAUAGAGCUGUUGAUGACCACUGCCUGCCAUCCAUGAUGGAGGGGGAAGUAGCAGAAUCCGUUAACCGCUAUCGGCAGGUAGCCCACCAGAGCUAUGUACGGUGUGUCAAGCUGUGCAAAGAGCAAAAUAUCCCAGUCACUGAGGACACAUUGGCGAAAGUCCUGCUGCACCCAGGAGACAGAAUAAUAAAAGAAGGAAAACACAUGUUAAAGAUUCGGCAGCCAGGAGCUUACUAUAACCCUAUACCUGGUGGAGGAACCUUCCAGGUGCACCCUUGGACAGGCGGAGGUGUAUUAAAACGCUCCUGGAAAGUGGAAGAGGAGGCAAUAUAUGGCCCAUAUGAUACACAGAGGGAACAAGAAGAGAAGCAGAAGGCCUGGAUUUCAUCUGAACAAGAUGAGCCAGAAAGCCUAGAAGAUAUACAGAUGAAACAAUAUGAAGCUCAGGCCAUGUGGAUGUCAUCUAAAAGAUAUGUGCUAGAAAGACCAUAUGAUACAGAUACGGAAGAUGACGACGAAACCGUAUGGAUUACACCUGAAGUUUACUGGCAAUUCCAAAGUCCCACUAAGAAGAGCUCUAGAAGGAAGGAAAAAAGGGUAAGAUUUCCUGAGAUCCAGACUGGGACUGGCAACACAGCCAAGGACCUCUUGAGAACCAGCAGAGCAUCAGAUGCAGGGCUGAGGAGAAACGGAUUGGAAAGACAACUGCCAGUGACAUCUACCCGUUACUGCAAGACUGAAAACAAUAGAUUCUGGCCAGGUCAACAGCUGGACAAGCUAUGUUACCUGCCCCAGACGAAGCCUGUCCAAGGACAGGCCAUGUUCAAACACAUCCAGCAAACAAAGCCUGCCUACCCCAGCAUCUACAACCCAUAUCGCAGCUGGCCAAUCAACGAGCGGGGCUACCUGACCUAUGGAGACAUUGAAAUUCAAAAGAAAUAUUCCAUCUGAUAUGGUCUGAACAGUGAUGCGACAUGUGAUCAAAACUUUGUAAACCCUCUGAAAUCUCAGUUAUCUUAUGGUUAUCUUUGGACUAUUUGAAAUCAGGCUAAGGCAUGAACCGUGGAUUCCUAUUAUUCUCCAUCUACCUCCUGUAGUGCUCUUGCCCCCUUUGAAGUGUGUGGUGCUUCAGGUGUGAAUUAUGGAAGACCUCAUAGACUGUGCCAGGGCUGAAGGUGCUCUCACAGCUUGGUAAGGGAGAAAACAUUAAUGGCCUGCACUCCAUCAAGGUUCAGUGCCAGCAGGCCUGAAUCUGCUCCAGUAUCCUCUAAAAAAAACGCACCAUAUACUGCUCAGUGAAGUUUCCCAUAUUGCCUUUGUGUGUAGUUCCAAGCCUACCUAGAAGAAAGACCUUCAAAAAUUGUACUGUCCCUGGUCUCCUUUUAGUUUGGUCCAAGACAUACUCUUUCAUGAUCCCGGGAACCUCCUCAUUGCCACUGUGUUUCUCAGCAAGA